ACGUUGACACCGUUCCAAGUAAGUUACGUGCUGCUAGCUCCCACGUUGAAGAUUGCACGGAUAAAUCGAGUGUACGGCUGGAAGACAUAACUGACAGCGAAUGUCCAACCCUCACUGGAUGCGGGAAGGACGAGCCACAGAUCUGUACAUGUUCUACGCUGGUAAGAAAGAUGGUAAAAGGCAACAAACGAUUGCUGUUUGCAAUUCGGCAAAUCGUUUACGUCGCUCGCCAGUUUGACAAAACCUCGGCAGAAAAAGAGAGCUGGCUCAUUGCUGCUAUCAUUCUCGAUCGAGUGUUCUUGGUGUUCUUUGUGAUUGUGUUUAUAAUUUUUUCACUGAUAAAUUUCCUGUGGUAAAAAAUCUCAGGGUACACAAGUGAAACGGACAAUCUGCUACAGGUCUGCAAACAAGUUGUUACAAAUCUGUUAAUCAUAAGUGCAUGUCGACAAGUCGUGUUCGCACUGCUUGUUCCCAGUUGUUGUAACAAGUUUAGAACUGUUAACAACUUGUAACAAGCUUCAUGGCAUUAUUAGACUUGUUGCAAGGUUGUUCUAACAAGUCUGAUACGGUCAUGAUAUAACAAGAACUUUACAAGACGACACAAGCUUGUAACAAUAUUGUUAUAUCAUGACUGUGUCGGACUUGUUUGAACAACCUUGUCCUUGCAACAAGUCUGAUAAUAUCAACAAGGUUGUUACAAUUGUUAACAAGUUGUUCCAUACACACUUAAAAAUCUCACAACUUGUCAACAAGAUGUGUUCGCAACAGGCGUGUAGCAAGCUUGUCAACAAGUUGUAACAAUCAUGUUAUUUCAUCAAGUUGCAACAAGGUUGUCACUCACAACUUGUUGACAUAUUGUUGAAUUGCAGAACGAUAGCAAGUUGUUGGAACAACUUGUAACAAAUCUAUUGAGCUCAACUAUCUUGUAGCACGUUGUCAUCAAGCCGUUGACAACUUGUGAACACGCUGGGAACAAGCAGUGCGAACACAUCCUGUUGACAAGUUGUUGGAACAGCAUUGCUACAAGUCUGCUGCAGGUUUGUUACAACUUGGGCGUUUCGCGUGUAUACAUCGCUACCUGGGGCUCGAGAUAUUAUCACAGAAGUGGGAUGAACCUUUCAGUGUACAGUGUGAUAAUAACUUCUCUUUGUUCAGAACAGAAUGGGUCGAACUACAUGCUGUUUGUAUACAAAUUAUUCAAUUAAUGCUCAGUCUUAUUUGUCUUUUGUCCAAUCAAUAUUUUAUGAACGUAUUUCAUAACAUAGUUUAUUAAAGCAGCCAGAAUUUAAUUAAUGUAAUGUUUUAUAUUUUUGUAUAAAAUCUGAACCGGAAACUUUAAACUUGUAAAUUGCUUUUGAGUUCAUAUAUACAGGCAUGUUAUGUGACCAUUUAGCACUUAGACAUAUUCAAAAACUCAAUACGCUAUUAAUCAACUUCUGUUUAUUAAAAUAGCCCAUUAAUAGUCUCUUUAUGAAUUUCGCUAAUCCCUUUAUUCUAUAAACGGCUUCAAAAUGCAACCAAAAUUGUAGCAUAUGCUGUCUAAACCUUGCAAAACAUGAAAUAUUUCGAACAUAAGUCACUAUUUGAGAUAUGUUUGUGACAUCAUUUGGUAUUUGUGUACUGUUAUAUACUCAGCAUGUCUCGCUGUUAAUGGAGGGAAUUUUGUUAACAUCACCCCAAUGAUCAGCAUGGGCUUAAAUUGGGUUUUUUUUUCAGCCAGUAGAGGAGUUGUUUCAAUUCAGAUGGAGACAUUAAUUUAUGUCAUUUUAUAAUAUUUGCCUGAUCUAUACUGUAUAGACGCGGGUCAUCAGUCUUGACAGACAAAAGAAAAACAAUUUGUCUCAUAAAUCUUCAAUGUUUUCCCAAGCAUUGAUAUUUAUAGGUUCGUGCGUGCUUUGACUGUAAGAUAUUAUGCCAAGAGGAAUAUUGAUGUCACAGUGGUUAAUUAUACAAGGUAAGAUUCUACAGUAAUGUUAGUAGACUUAGACCUGGUUUACACUAUCAAAGUUUCUGUGAUCACAGUAGGAAUUUUGCAAGCUAAAGGAUUAAACUGCAUGCCCGUCCUCCAAGACAGGCGCAAGUCGUCGCGAAAAUAUUUCAUACACGUAAAUUGAAUAAGACUCCCUACCAAUCCCAGUUGACUCAAUGGGCAGAGUGGCAGUCUAGAAACCCGAAGUUAGUCUAGAUUUCCUCCUGUAGUUAUACUGGAUCUGAUAGAGAUGGCUUUUACUAUAGACCUCUAAGGAGAACAGUUUAGAACUGAUAGAGCUAUCAGGCAUGAUAAAUAAACUUAGUUUAGUUCCAGUUUCCUCCUGUAGUAACACUGGAUCAAUAAGAGAUGAUCCUUACUGGACCUCUCGGAAGAACAGUUUAGAACUGAUAGGGCUAUCCAGUAUAAAUAAAGCUAGUUUAGUUUAGGUUUCAUCCUGUAGUGACAUUGGAUCAAUAAGAGAUUAUCCUUACUGGACCUCUCGGAAGAACAGUUUAGAACUGAUAGGGCUAUCCAGUAUAAAUAAAGCUAGUUUAGUUUGGGUUUCAUCCUGUAGUGACAUUGGAUCAAUAAGACAUUAUCCUUACUGGACCUCUAUGAAGAACAGUUUAGAACUGAUGGAACUAUUCCAGUAUAAAUAAAGUUAGUUUAGUUUAGAUUUCUUCCGGUAGUAACACUGGAUUUUACCAGGCUUCUAAAGAGAACAGUUUAAGACUAGUAGAACUAUCUAGGCAUGAUAAAUAAAGUUAGUUUAGGUUUCUUCCUGUGGUAACACUGGAUCAAUAAGCAGAGAUGGCUUUCAUUGGACCUCUAGGGAGAACAGUUUAGUCCUGAUAGGACUACUACCACUUUGCUCCUGCUAUGAUGGAGGAUUUAGAGAUGGUCUUAAUUUGUUUUAAUGUGAAUUCAUUGCAGGAUAAAAAUAAGCAAAGAGAGAACAGUAAAAAAUGUUUCUGGUGCUAUUCUGCUAUCUAUAUCUUCUUGGACCUCUAUCGGCUGGUAGGUUACUCUUAUCAAUUCCAAGAGCUCUGGUCUAUCAAUUAUAAUGCUGUUUUAUUUAUUUCCAAAUAGUAAUGUACAUUUAUUUUGUAGUUGAAAGCACAUUCGAUGCGAAAGUCCGUCUGGAAAGGAUGUUAUUGAAAGAUUACACGAAAGAAGUCAGGCCUGUUCUUGAUGUCAGAGAUAACGUUACAGUGACCGUUGGAAUAUCUUUAUAUCUUAUUAGAAAUAUGGUAUGAUAAACUGAAAUAAAACUAGUUUUAUUUUGCACUAGAUAGUUCUAUCAGUUCCAAACUGUUUUCCUGGCUUAGAUGUCCAAUAUAACUAUAAAUAGCAAUUUCUUACCACAGGAGGAAACCUAUAUAGACUAAACUAAUUUUAUAUAUUCUGGAUAGCUCUAUCAGUUCUAAACUGUUCUCCCCAGAGGGCCAGUAAGGAUCAUCUCUUAUUGUUCCAGUGUUACUAUAGGAGGAAACUUAAACUAGACUAAGUUUAUUUAUACUGGAUUGCUCUAUCGGUUCUAAACUGUUCUUCCUAUAGAGGUCCAGUAAGGGCCUUUUCUUAUUCACCCAGUGUUACUAUAGAAGGAAACCCAAACUAAACUAACUUGUGAAUAUUGUUGUGAUCCCAUAUACUUCGAGUUUUAUCUUACAGGAUGACAAAAAUCAAAUGCUUACCACGAGUUUAUGGAUACGACAGGUAAAUGAUGAAUUGUGUUGUGUUUUAUGUAGAUUGCAUCAUCUUCUAUAAAUGUUCGUGUUUGUUUACAAUUUCCCUAGGUAUGGCAUGAUCACAGACUAACAUGGACACCAUCGAACUUUUCUUCUGUCAAAAAAAUCAAUAUUCCUGUAAACAAAGUUUGGAUUCCAGAUAUCAAGGUUUACAACGAGUGAGUUGACUAACUGUUCUAGUUUGCGAUCAUGGGUGCCAGAUACGGUACCCCUUGCCGCUAUGAGUUAAGCCUGCUAUUGAAGGCCGAGGGUAUUGGGUGUUUCGAAAACGAAGACCUACAAAGACCUAAGAUGGAUCAUCGUGUUUCAUAAUGGAGACACCAUCUGACAUUAUGACAGGAACAUUCCUUGUGAAAUAUAACCAGAUUCUUGGUUUCAUUAACCAGAUUAUGUUUGGGUGUGAUAAAAUACCCAAGAAAUUUAACCAAGUUUUGACCAAAUUUAAACAAGUGUUUUUGAGAGUGUAUGUUACAUUGUCUUUUCAUUGUUUUGAAAAUCUCAUUGUUCUUUAUGCCAUCUAGUCAUUCAUUGUUCUGACUGAUAAACAUUCAUUUAAAAGACCUACUACCUUUCCCAUAUUUCAGAGUAAACAGGGGUCAAUACAGUGGUCUAGAUCAGUUCCAAACUCGAGUUCUUGUCAACCAUGACGGGAGAAUUCAAUGGAUGGGACCGUCAGUUAUGAGAACAUCAUGUCAAGUUGAUAUCAAAAUGUUCCCUUUUGAUACACAGGUACAUCUAUCUUUGAGAGUUUUAUAUAUUAUCAGUUAAUAAUAUAGCCUUCAAUAAUAUUACUCAAUUAAACUAACUGUAUACUUGAUAGCUGUCUCAAGACUAAACUAUUCUCCCAAGAGGCCCAACAAAAUCCAUUCCUUGGUGUUCCUGUACUACUACCAGACAAGGGAAAUCCCUAAACUAAACUAACUUUAUUCAUAUUGCGUAUUUCUAUCACUUUUAAACUGAUUUGCUGUGUUGGUGCAGUUGUGUACUCAGGUGAAUAUGAUGUUUGUGAUGUUACUCUGAGUGUGUAUCCACACCGGGCAAGCUUGAAAUAUAUGCCUGACCACGGUGGGAAUCGAACCUACGACCUAGAAUACUAGCCCAAUGCUCUUCCAACUGAUCUACGCGGCCAGGUCGGUUCGAGUAUGUGAUAUUUCAGUACCUGAGUACACAACACCAACGCAGCAAAUCAUAAUUAUUAGAUUACAUUGAUAUCGAUGGAACAGACUCGGUUCUGAAAUAUCACAUACUCGAACCGACCUGACCGCGUAGCUCAGUUGGCAGAGCAUUGGGCUAGUAUUCCAAAGGGCGUAGGUUCGAUUCCCACCGUGGCCAGGCAUAUUUUUCAAGCCUGCCCGGUGUGGAUACACACUCAGAGUAACAUCACAAACAUCACUUUUAAACUGUUCUCCAAAGAGGUCCAGUAAGAGCCAUCCUUUCUUGAUCUGGAAUUACUAUACAAUAAGAAAGCUAAACUAACUUUAUUUUAAGUAACUUUAUUUUUUUGGAUAGUUCUUGUAGUCUCGAACUGUUCUCCCUAGACGCCCAGUAUAAAAUCCGCAGCACCCGACAAAAACCUUCUGUGUUUGAAAGAUUUCUUAUCAAUAAUUCUCGUCUCAGACGUGUAGGAUAAAGUUAGGUUCGUGGACAUACGAUGGCUUUGCUCUGGACGUGAAACCCGAGUCAUACACGAUGGAUAUAUCAAAAUCUCCUUCGAGUCUUGAGUGGAAACUGGUAUCUACCUCGGUCGAGCGCAAAGUACAGACCUACUCAUGCUGCCCAGAACCGUAUCCUGAUGUGACGUAUACCCUCACGAUCAAACGAAGACAAAAAAGUUAUGUCGUGAAUUUUAUAUUCCCUGCUCUGUUCCUGACAGGUUAGAGAAGAUUUAGAAUGGACAACUUGCAUGUUAGACAAUUUUUAAUCUAAGUAAAGAGAAGGGAAUCAAACACAACCGUUAAAAAGAACACGAUAGAAAAUAUAUCGUCCAGUAAUAGGAGGGAUCCUAAGCUAGACUGUUCUAUCAGUUCUAAACUGUUCUCCCUAGAGGUCCAAUAAGAACCAUCAUUUGUCGUUGCAGUUUAGUUCAAGAGGAAACCGAAACUAACUUUAUUUAUACUGAAAAGCUCUAUCAGUUUUGUAUUGUUCAUUCUAGAGGUCCGGUAAGAGCCAUCCCUUAUUGGUGCAGUGAAACUACAGGAGGAAACCUAAACUAAACGAACCUCAACUUUUGUACUGGACAUCUCUAUAUCAGACCUACCACCUUAUGUAUAAUCAGUAUGAAAUAAUGUUGUUAGUAUUAAUUAUUCCUAUUAUUUAUGUACCUACCAUCUUAUGUAUAAUCAGUAUGAAAUAAUGUUGUUAGUAUUAAUUAUUCCUAUUAUUUAUGUUCAGCUCUGACUAUCAUGGCUUUUGUGACAUCUGCAGAAAGGAUUGGUCUUGUGCUCACUUGCCUUGUUUCAAUGUUUUUCUUCUUGAAAAUGGUCGCAGAAAGAACGCCGCCGUCUGAUACAGUUCCUCUGCUCAGUAUUUAUUACGUCAUGUUGAGCUUUGAGGUACGAACUUUUUAAUAGCUAUAUACAUGCCAACCUCUCUGUAUGGACCACACCUCUCACACAGAUACAUAGAGAUGUUCGUAUUAGAGAGGUGUCCAUAUUGGAGAGGGUUUGUAUUGGAGAGGUAUUUGUAUUAGAGAGAUGUUCGUAUUAGAGAGAUGUUCGUAUUAGAGAGAUGUUCGUAUUAGAGAGGUGUUCGUAUUAGAGAGAUGUUCGUAUUAGAGAGAUGUUCGUAUUAGAGAGGUGUUCGUAUUAGAGAGAUGUUCGUAUUAGAGAGAUGUCCGUAUUAGAGAGGUGUCCGUAUUAGAGAGAUGUUCAUAUUAGAGAGAUGUUCAUAUUAGAGAGAUGUUCGUAUUAGAGAGGUGUCCAUAUUAGAGAGAUGUCAGAAUUAAGAGAGGUGUCCAUAUUAGAGAGGUGUUUGUAUUAGAGAGAUGUCCGUGUAAUAUAGAGAGGUGUCUGUAAGGAAAGGCUCAAGUGUAAUAAAUGUGAUUUCAUUACAGGUGACUCUGAUUUUUUACGCAGUCUGUAUCACUUUGAACGCUUAUCACAGACAACCAGCAUUGGGCGGUAUGUCGAGAUGUGUCCGCGGGCUUGUUAUGCAGAAACUGGGCCGAAUUUGGGGUAUGGAUGAUAUUCACAAUGAGAUCCAGGAGAAACUCGAAUCACUUCAGGAUAUCGCAAAUAUGGCAAAGAGCAAAUACAGAGAUUGUGAGGAAAUUAGGACAAUGGAUGAGUCGGUAAACAAGGAUCAUUCCAGAAUUUACGAUGAGCAAGAUACGAACAUAGAAUUAGCAAACACUAUCGAAGAAUCUGGGUUUGGAGUGAAUGAGCUUGAGAGAGAGGACCUUAGAUCAAAUGAUCGUCUGCCUGACAGCUCCGGUUCUCUGGCUCAAGAGACUCUCCAAGAAAGACGAGAUUUCUCUAGUAGCUCACAGAUAAAAAUACGUUGCGAAACACACCAACCUAGUAACAGCAAGGCGUUUGUAAAUAUUGAAGAAUCAGCCCAUAUUGAAGACCAGUCCACAGUUUUGAAAGAUUGCAUAAACGCUAAACCUGAUCUCCCAAUGCAAAACUCUGAGAAACAGCUAAACAUUCAACAUUUUCAAGCGCUUCAUUACUGCGAAUGCAAGUCAUGCACAGCGAAACCCGCGAAAACGCGUUGUUCUUCAUUUUUAAAUGAAAUGAUAGCAUUAAACCACCGCCUUAUUUCGAAUAUCCAGGAGAUAAAUUAUCUCGCGAGAACUUGGGAUCAUAAAUCGUCACAAAAAGAACAAUGGCUUAUUGCAGCAUCCAUAUUGGAUAAAGCAUUCCUUAUUUUAUUUCUAACUAUGUUCGUAGUUUUUACGUUGUGUAAUUUUAUUUGGUAG